AUGGUCGGCACCUGGGGCAUGGAAAAGGUGCGCAACUACCUGCGCAAGGUCGCCCUCGAGGCCGGACACCGUCUCAGCGAGCGCGACGUCUUUGUCUUCACGGACCACCCGCCGCGAUGGGACGACUGGACGGAGGAGGACCUCAUGCUCCUCAACAGGAUGCUCCGGGCGCUGUACAACAGCCCGGCGUCCUUCAAGGUUUUUGAAAUGAUCGUCGCGACAUACCUGCUGACCGAGGCGUGGCGCGAGGAGAUGAACUGCGUACCGAAGGCGAAGAAGUUCCCCCGCCUCACCGACAUUUGCUUCGAUUGGCAGUGGUGGGACGCGCCGGCGGAGGGCGCGUGGAAGGAGGGUCUUGACUUCAAGACGUUCGCAACCGGCUGGCGCAACGUGAAGCCCAAGUGGUGGGGCAAGAAGUGGUCGCCGGCGGACCAGGAGGCCGCCAUGAGGCCGUUUGCGGAAAUCUGGCUCAGCAACGACCGACUCAACCCUGCAACCCCGGUCCAAGACCGCGAGGACGAGGACGAUCCGCACAGCGAAGGAUACGAGAUCGACGUGGGGCGUGUGACCGGCGACGACUGCAGGAAGGCGCAGCGCCAGGCGGAGAUCUACCUCGCCUGGAAGGCGAAGGGCCGUGCGCCCGCUGCGAUGGCGCACCCGGUCCGUCUGCGCUCAUGGGCGCGACCCCCUAACAUCCCGCCCAAGUCGCAGGAUACGGUGCACUACGGCAGCGACCGCUGCCAGCUCUGCGUUGAGCAGGGCAUGGAGGAAUGCCGUGUCCCGGCGACUGCCAACGACCCGCGCUGCGUGACUUGUCGGUCGCGCAAGAAGAGGUGCCCCUUCGGAUCACCCGUUAAACGCACUGGCUCGACCGUGCGCGCACCCUCCGCCCGUGCGCGCACCCACACUCCGGCUGUUGCAGGAGGCCCAAGGGCAGGGUGGACGCGCACGGCGGAGCACGUCCACCCUACAGCCGCGUAUUUCACCGGUGGUCCAUCUCAGGAGGGCGCGCGCGAUCGCGCGCGCCCUCCUAUAUCCGUCUAUUUUGACGGUGUUCCGACACGUACGCCCACCCUCCGAACGUGUUCGCGCACGGGCAUGAGUGGAGGGCGCGCGCGAUCGCGCGCGCCCUCCUAUAAUGGCGUGUUUUUGAUGAUAUUUGGGUGCGCGCACUCAACACGCACCCUCCAAAGGUGCACGCCCGCAAUUGCGCACGGUGACCUAAAUGUACUGAUUGUGAUGCAUGCAGCGGGUCAUGCACCUUCCUCGUUCCUAGGUGGGCACAUUCUUGCUCUUACGCUGCUAGUCACCGCUGCAUCAGGUGAUCAGCUCGUCCAUGUGGCAAACAUGAGGCGUCCUCCACCUGUGUCUGCCAGCGACGCAUCCCCUUUCCAUCACGCUCUCACUCUCAUCCAUACGGUCAGUAUGGCGCCGAAGAAACCGACCAAGAAGCAGCGGGAGGCUGAGGCUGCGGCUGCGGCUGCAGCGUCGAGUGAUCCGCCCGAGCCGGAAACACCAGCACGUCCGCCUGUAUCGACCUCCACACGCGCGCGAGGCAAACUGGCUGCGGAUGCUGAAAACAACAAAAGCGGGGAGAUCACCCAGCAAAUCUACCCCUACCCCUAUGCCUGGUGCCCGGUGCCCCUGCUGGGCAAUCUAACCAUAUAUGGAAAUAUUUUCCCACGACCCCCCUGCUGGGCAGUGCCUGCCGGGCACUCCCGACCGCCAACUCAAACUGUCUUUCUACGUGCAUAA